AUGUGCAAGCUCUACCUUCCAGCCGCGCUACGUCGGCAAGCUUCCGACAUCCUGCUCUCACCAGCGCACCCGAACCCACGCACCACAACACGCGCUCUCUCAGCGAAGUUUGCCUGGCCGCACAUCAGGGAAGACACCUACAACUGGGCUCGUGCUGGUAUUCCGUGCCAAAAGUCGAAGAUCAGUAAACAUAACCGUGCUGAGCACCAGACUUUCGAUGUACCAGAAAACCGCUAUGAACCCAUCCACUUAGAUCUCAUCACGCUGCCCGUGGUACAGAAUUUCUGGUAUUCUCUCACCGGCAUCGACCGUUUCACCCGCUGGCCACUCGCAGUACCGCUGCCUGAUAUGACUGCCGAGACGGUCGCCAGCGCCUUGGUUACCCACUGGAUCUCACAGUAUGGUUGCCCCAUAAUCAUCACCUCGGAUCAAGACACGCAGUUUGAGGCAGCCCUUUUCGUGGCCUUGAUAACCCUGCUCUGA